CUCAAUUGCGCCGCCAUGCUCUCUCCACAACAAUAACCCAACUUUUACGCACCAUGGCUCCCAAGGCGCCAACCACCCCAACACGCGGCCGCGGCCGCGCAAAAGCUAACACUGACGCGAAAGUCGAUAUCACUGCACGAGCAAGAGCAGGACGCAGCCGUGCCGCAAGGCCAGUCCCUGACGUGCUUGCUCCGCGAUCUGAAGGCGUUCAGAAGCCGACGAAACGUCGUGGACGUCCGGCGAAACAAGUCAAGCCUGCUGAGAAUGACGAAGCUGUUUCGCCGGCGAAGAAGCGAGUAGGUCGUCCGUCCAAGGACACCAUCACUGCGACUCCCUCAAUCCCUGUGAGACGACCAGGUCGCCCGCCCAAGGUCGCCCAAUCGAAUGCGCACACGGCUCCUGCCACCACCACCACGCGAACCGCCAAGCGGUCCCCAGGACGUCCUCGCAAAUCCGUCGCGUCAGCAACGAUCCCUCGUCGCGUGGAUCCGCGCGUACGCUCCAAGCUCCCAGCCCGACGGGUCCCAAAGAAGGUGGCAGUUGCCCACGUAUCUGUCAGAACCCCGGCGAAGCGUCGCGGUAGGCCGCCCAAGGCAGACAAGGCUACAUUAGCGACGAGGAAGACAAUCGUGACCAAGGUAGCGAAGGCAGCCGUCGCCAAACGCGCCCCACGUCUUCGGAAGGGCUUCACACGCUUGGAAUUCGAGUCUAAAUUCAGUAACGAGAUGCAGGAAUACUUGGCGCGACUGCGGAAGGAGGCCGAAGCUGAAGACGAUAUGGUUGCUGCGAAUAAGGAAGUUCCACAGGCCGAGCAGGAGAUGCAGGCAGAGGAGGAGAUGCAGGUAGAUGAGGAGAUGCAGGUAGAGGAGGAGGCCCAGGUAGAGGAGGAGCGCCAGGUAGAACCGGAGAACAAUGAGGAAGAGAUCCAGGGAGGGCAGGAGAACAAUGAAGAGGUGAUCCAGGAAGAGCAGGAGAACAACGAAAAGGAGAUCCAUGAAGAGGAGAUCCACGAAGAGCAGGAGAACAACGAGGAGGAAAUCCAAGAGGAGAUCCAGCUCCAGGAAGAAGUCCAGGUAGAGAUGCAGUUUGCAAGACAAGUCGACGGCGCCAAUGACGACGACCUCUUCGAGGACACUGAGAUGGCCGCUCAGGAGGAGAUGCUUGAGGGCGCCCAAGAGCCAAUUGCAAAGGUAUCUGCGAACGACUUCCCGGAGGAUCUCGAGGUUAUUCGUAUCGAAGAGGAAGAAAUGACCUACGAGGUCCCGCCAGAGGGAGGAGCCCUUGGUAUGGACCACCCACUUACAAUGUUCGCCUAAAAGCGCGUAUCUGGUAGGGGGGAGACAGUGUCUUCGAUUCUUUCAUUGGAUCCAUGAUAUACGGUGCGGAUGCGGUGAUGUUCCACCUCUUCUUUCCCGUCCACAAAAUGUCUUUGGUUCUUCAGGAAAUGUACAAUCAGGUUUGGUCGCAAUGGGUCUUGGCACGGGGUGUAAUAAUUCAGGCAAGGGCACUUUAGGUGAUUGUUUCGGUUCCUUCUCUUCACCGCUUCUCUAAAAUAAAAAAAAAUGACACCGGUUUU